AUGGCAGCUCCUGGUGUUCAAUCGUUGAAGUGCGUCGUUACCGGUGACGGUGCCGUCGGAAAGACAUGUCUUCUCAUCUCCUAUACCACGAAUGCCUUCCCCGGCGAGUACAUACCCACAGUGUUCGACAAUUACUCGGCAAGUGUGAUGGUUGAUGGCAAGCCCAUCAGCCUGGGACUCUGGGAUACUGCUGGUCAGGAGGAUUACGAUCGAUUGCGACCGCUCUCAUACCCUCAAACCGAUGUAUUCCUGAUCUGCUUCUCAAUCGUGAGCCCGCCCUCGUUUGACAACGUCAAGGCCAAGUGGUACCCUGAGAUUGAUCACCACGCGCCCAACAUCCCCAUCAUUCUGGUCGGCACCAAGUUGGAUCUUCGAGAGGACCCUGCUACCUUGGAGAGUCUUCGAUCCAAGAGAAUGGAACCUGUUUCGUACGAUCAAGCUCUCGUUUGCGCAAAGGAGAUCCGUGCCCACAAGUACCUGGAAUGCUCGGCUCUUACGCAGCGAAAUCUGAAGAGUGUCUUCGACGAGGCGAUUCGCGCCGUUCUGAACCCUCGACCUGCUCAAAGGCCCUCCAAGAAGGGCAACAAGUGCUCCAUCCUAUAA